CUUCCAACGUUACGUUGAACUGCCACAGGUAUGAGUUAGAGAACGACAACCCAAUAUACAGUCACCCUGGGGCCCAAAACAGGAAUGUAUAAAACCACGCAAAGGCUGGCGGGUAUACGACUUCCCGUGUCAACCAGAAACUGCAAGGGAAAUUUUCAGUAUUCAGACUGAAGCUUCCUUCACAUAUGUAAGGUUAUAUUUCGUGAACUCGAGACGAAACAUGACUUUAUUACCUUUAAGGUCCAGACCGACACUACUGCAAUCGUAUCUCGAAUGCCUUGACCGACACAGCGAAAGGAUGAUGAACACUUACAGGGAAAUGCUGGAGAUCCGUGCCUGCAUUACAGAACUUCUUUCCAGCGACCGAUCAGACGUCAUCGAGGGUACAUUGGAUGGCACCGUUGACAUCCAAGCGAUGGUCCAUGAGCCUCAGACCAUUGCUCCAAGUGCGCUCGAUGAGAUUAAUGCUAUUGCAUGGCCAUCAAAUCUCCCCACCCUCUUUCCAGAGCCAUUAGCAUUCUAUGACCAGCUCUCGGACAAUCCUUUAGUAUCUGUCGGGAUCACUGGGUUAGAGGGUGUAGCUCCUCCCCUCAGUCAUAUACGAUCAGACGUAUUGCCCUGGAGCUCUUCCAGUUCUGACGGCUAUAAUACGGGGGUACACAACAUCAUGCCUCAGCAUGGCAUGUACUCCGAGAGGCAGACCCUAUCGAGUUCUUCAACCAGACGCGACGAACCCUGUAUUAUGCAGGACAAAGUACAGUGCACUCGGCCUGGGUGCUCGAGUGUCGUCAACAAGAAUUGCCUCACUCGUCAUAUCAACGAGGUGCAUGAGCGGAAGGUUAAGGCUCGAUGUGCUGGCUGUGGAAAAGGGUUCGCACGUCCGUACAUGUUGGAGGACCAUAUCCGUCGAGCCAAAUGCGAAAAUCCCUAGAUUUUUUUUAUGAAGAUUCUUCAUUCAAUAUGAUCAUGCGUGCAUACGCACGCCCAACCUUACCGCUUCAAUUUUGACAGUUGAUUAGAUAUUCUCGAAGCUGUAUUCCCUAGUAUGCCACCUGAAUGUGAUAAGCAUGAUCAUCGAGUCAAUAAAAGUAUAUAACCAAUCAGGACUCGGAACUGCGCCGAGGUUGCACAAUCAAACGUUCACCCUUGAAGCUUAAGCUCCGAGUCAUUCGCCACAGAACACGAAAGUUAAACCAUAAUACACACCAACGGAAUAAGAUUCAAUCAGAUAUGGCUGUUUCUCCGUGUGGAAAUAUUGACAUUAAAUGACCAUCGCCGGCCACUGUCGUCUUUGGCCAUAGUAUUCAGUUAUUACGAAGGAGGUAAAUAUUUGGAUUGGAUCAACUGAUGGAGG